GGCUACAUCGCAUGUGACAGACUAGCUCAAAUUUCAGCAGCUAGAUGUAAUACAAAAACAUGAGAACUGGAGUAAUACUAGAAUAAGAACUACGAAGGGAAUCCAUGACAAGCGAUAAGAAGGGAGGAAUACAAGAAAAACAAACGGAAAUGAAAUGGUUUAAAAUGAGUAGUAAAGAAACGGAAAAUCAAUCUAUGUUCGAUAACAUGCGUAUUAUCAAUAUACUCAAUACAUUAAUCAACCGUACCAUUUCAGUGAUCAAAACGCUAACAGUACAUGGAAAGUCAAAGCACAAUCAUAGGAUAUUCACUGAGAAAGUGAGCUGUCGUCGACAUUGAUGGAAAUUUGAAGCGCCAAAAAUGAAUGCUGAGGAAAUUACUUAGGUAUGAAAAUGACUAGAAAACAGGGAGGCUGAAAAC